AUGAUGUUACCAAACCCAACACCCACCGUCCCCGACGCCGUCGCUCGCUACCACACCCACGCUGUCUCUCCAAACCAGUGUUGCUCCGCCGUCAUCCAAGAAAUCGCCGCUCCCGUUUCCACCGUCUGGUCCGUCGUCCGUCGCUUCGAUAAUCCUCAAGCUUACAAACACUUCGUCAAAAGCUGUCACGUCAUCCUCGGCGACGGUGACGUCGGCACCCUCCGUGAAGUCCGUGUCAUCUCCGGUCUCCCCGCCGCCGUCAGCACCGAACGACUUGAAGUCCUCGACGACGAACGCCACGUCAUCAGUUUCAGUAUGAUCGGCGGAGAUCACCGUCUCGCUAACUACCGUUCUGUCACCACUCUUCACCCUAGUCCGAUCUCGGACACCGACGGUAACCACCGCACAGGCACCGUUGUUGUUGAGUCUUACGUCGUUGACGUGCCGCCGGGAAACACCACUGAUGAUACCUGUAUCUUUGUUGAUACCAUCCUUCGGUGCAAUCUUCAAUCUCUCGCGAAAUUCGCCGAGAAUUUGGCCUCAACGAGAUCAAAUCAACGAUAA